AUGUCUAUCAAGGUUGCUGUGGCCGGCGCCACUGGAAACCUGGGAAUACCCGUGGUCAAAGCGAUACUUACAGCUGACUAUCCUGUCACGGUUCUCACGCGCAAAGGCAGCGGCUCUAUCUCCAAACUGCCUCAGAGCCCCAAUAUUUCUGUGGUACAGGUUGACUACUCGUCGGCCACAUCGCUGACAGAAGCUUUGAAAGGCCAUGCCGUCCUGAUCUCCACGCUGGCCUCCGCAGUGAACACAGGCUCAGGAGCAGGUCAGAUCGCUCUCGUUGAUGCUGCUAUUGCGGCUGGGGUCGAGAGAUAUAUCCCUUCUGAGUUUGGUAGCGACACGACGAAUCCUAACACGAGCCAGCUACCGGUCUUCAAAGACAAAGUCGAGACUCUAAAACAUCUUGAGGCUGCCGUGGCUGCGAAUCCUAGUUUCAGCUAUACAAUCCUCUACAACGGCUCCUUCUUUGACUGGGGCCUCGCCCACUCGACUCUUGUCGAUCCUCGUCAUCAUACUGCUACCCUCUUCGACGGCGGAGAUAUUCCCAUCAGUGUGACCAAUCUUGAUACUGUCGGCCAGGCCGUGGUCGGCAUACUCAAACACUUAUCGGAAACGGCCAAUCGUCGUCUUUACAUACAAGAUGCUCAGGUUUCUCAAAAUCAAUUGAUCAGAUAUGCCAAAGAGAAGGACGGUGUUGAGUGGACAGUAACGCACAAGUCGACUGAGAAGACAAAGGAGGAAUCAUAUGCUGAGCUCGCUAAGGGUGCCAACGCGAAUCCGUUCGUGGCCAUGUUCGGCUUUAUUAAUGUCUCUGUGUUUGGGGGAGACUACGGCGGUGACUUCUCGAGUCGCCUGGAUAAUCAUCUUCUAGGUUUAAAAGGCCUUGGUGAAGGUGAAAUCAGAAAGCAAUUGGAGGAGCAUUUGCCCUGA